AUUUCCUUUCUUAUAUGGACGUGUACGUAUGGAGCUUCCAGAAGUCUGUUGAGGCUUCAGAUGCACAACAGUACUCAGUAGGAAACAGAGAAGCAUAUGCUAUUGGGGAGGGGGCUCAUUUCAUAGAGUAUGGGAUUCAAGAUAAGUGAAUUUUUGUCUACCGUCUCUCUCUCAGAUUAUGCUUCCCACGUAGGCCAGUAUUAUCAGGUCUCACCAUGUGAGAUCGUGUGAUUGUUAUGCCCCCUUUCUGGCCUCUAUAUUACAUGAUCCGUACGGCUAGAGGUUGAAACAUGGAAUCUUUAUCACGGGGAUCAUAUAGCAUAUCUUCCGGCGCGCGUCUUUUCAUUUUUAAUAUCUGUUAUUUAAAUGUUUGUGUGCAGGAAGUGCUGUGCAGUAUUGAAAUUGUUGGCGAGAGUUGCACCUUCUUUGCCGCCUCUCUGCUCCCUCUGUCUCUGCCUUUGUUGUCGUACAUAACCCCCUUCUUACCCUCCGUCGCGCUUUCCCCCACAACAACCUUCUUACUUUGCACCUUUCUGCACAACAACAAACUCUACAUCGCAUCUCCUUGCUUCCUCUUCUUCCUUAAUUUCAUCCCUUCGCCACCAAACCCCCUUCCCCCAAAAUUUAAACUUGUUGAUACCCCUUUCAUUCAAACCUGCUGGAUGCUCAAGAUCGAACCCCUAUCAAUGUCAGCCACUGAAUCCAGUCGCUCAAGCGGCCAGAUUUUAAAAGAGCUGCGCUACUCGAGGGAAAAUUUGCUCUUCUUGCGAGACCAAUUACCUGUAAUCAUUUGCGACGUUACAAGGAUGAAUAAUGCCAGUGCUGAUUUGCUACGAUUGCCAUCACAAAUAAUGUCUGAUCCUGGCCUCAAGUCGUGCCCUACAAGGGUUUUGCGACGUGUCCCAAACUUCAAGAACAGAGACGAUGUUGGUGGCUCUGGAAACAGUCGUCUUCACAGACACAAGAUCUCUUUGGAGUCCGACGAGGAAGAGAUUGUGUACCGUGGACAUCCAAUCCGCCACUCUCUCAAAGAAACCCAAUGGCAGUUCAAGCGUCGUGAUGACUCUGAUAGAUCGAGCCAGCCUCUCUCCGCACCACCCGGAUACCAUGCGCAGAAGGCCGAAAACUUCCAGAAAUUCUACCGUGCCGUUGUUUCGCCAACACACGUUCGAGUGACAGCUGGCGGCCGAAUUGUUCCAAAUAUUCGUGCCCCCCCACAGCCGGUAUUCGUCUGGAACCGUGACAAAUUAUUCUUCGAGGCGAAGCAAGACAAGAAGGCUCCAGGAAUCGGAGAUGCAAACUGGCAAGAAGGUGCAGCUUUGAGACCCUCCGACCCAAACCAAUUGCCUAUCAAUAACCCAACCACAAAUGCGAACAUUGCUACUGCUCCACCCUCUCACUCUUUAGAGAAACUAUUAAACCCCGGCACCGUACAGCCGUCGACAAUUACUGAGCCGCAGGUUCUAGCUCCUGUCCCAACUCUUCCGAAUGUCUCGGACCAAAACAACUCGGCUGGCCCUCACCCGAUCAAGCUGUCUCCGCCAGGCCAAUUCGAUAUGACAAAGCCUUUCAUGGUUAAUGGGCAGAUGGUUUACCCUCUCCCAUCGGACUUUCAAAUCCCCCACGGCGUUCCUGUGAUCCCAUUCAAUAUGCUUGGGAAUACGAUUCCUCUGCAGAAUCUACAGCCUUCCCAAUACCCUCAAAUGCCGCUUCACCACGGCUUGUUCAAUCCCACAGAGCCUUCUCUGGGCCAGGCACAACCAAUUCCCUAUAAUAACCCGCUCACGACGCCACCAAUCGUGCAGAACCUUCCACAAAUUGGUUUUGGAGGCAUACCGCCUAUUAUUCCUCAUUCGAAGGUGGGAGACCGAAGUGGUAGCAAUAACAGGCUGGUGGCUAUGCCGCCUCUACCCGGUCUUGAUCACCCUCCAUAUAAUCAGCCAGGGUACGUGAAGCAAAAGAUAAAGUCGCUCCAAGAUGAGAUCAAGAAGUUCGAUCAUCAGUUGGAUCACAAUAAGCACCAAAUCGAUGAAAUCCAUGUCAAGAAGCAGCGGUUCUAUGUUGAGAGCCAGAUCCAAACUCUUGAAGCAAGUUUGGCCCUACUGCCUUCAGAGGAUUUCAAUCACUCUUUUCCAGGAGCUCAUCCUCGGCCUCUGGCACCACCCAUCCCAAGUUGGGUCGCUACACCAGUUUACCACCCGAGAAGUUUCGAUGGAGUAUAUGAUCAAGGGCCGCUUCACCAACCCGCGUCAUCGAGGGUGAUAAAUCGAUCCGAGCCCUUUCAUAAUCCCGCUCCUGUGCCAGCUUACAAAGCUUCGGUCGCCAAAUCCGCUCAGCCGAGCCGAACGCGCUUGAGCCUCUCUGCGGCAAAGGCAGCCCCUUUCAAGCCUAGGUCUCAGCAGGGUUCGCAGCCUGCUUCUGUUGUUCAGCAACCUGUUGUGCAGCCACAUACUGCACCGUGCGAGGUGGGCGAAACUAACAGCAUCAUACUGGGCGAAACCACUAGUACCCCAGCAGAACAUGGCCAAGAUAUAGAAAGCCGCCUGAAAGGCACGGGCAAUGCAUGGGCUGGGCCAAAGGGUGCGGACAACCAUCCCAUGUCGUCGUCAAACACUACAUUGGUUGAAAAUCCGGAAGCUCUCGAAACCCAGAACUACAAAGGUCGCCAUUUGAUGCUACCAGGACAACCCCAGGACAAUGGGUCUACGCCAGUGCUUGCAGAUACUCGUGGUUUGGGCUCGGCUUCCCAUCAUACCCCGAUGCCGUAUUUGAUGGGAUUUCCUCCGCCUGGAGUACCGUGGAAAGAGGCUCGAUCUCACGAACUCAUGUAUACGAGACCUCUCACUCCUGAAGAAGUUCGUGCUCGACACUUGUACUGGGGCAAUGCCAGCAAGGAAUUCCUCAAGGGCCUACCGAAAUUUGACGGCCAAGACUUUUAUCCGCCAUCCCCACAGAAGGGACCUGCUCUUCCGGUCGGCCAAGGUCGCCACAGUGAGGCAUCAACGAUCAUUCGGAAGUCAAAGGAUAGUAGUGCCACGUCCAAGGAACAGGGGUUAGGCGAAGAAUCACAAGCUCUAGUUCUUCGAACAGAGGCAGUCGUGGGUGGUAGAACUUCGCCAGACAAGAAUGUUGCCCUGCACGACGACAAUGAUGAUGUGGUAUCUGUAGACUCAUGGGGUGCUUCUAAGAGCGUGUGCUCUCCCCCGCAGCAUGGCUCGAAAGUUGUGGCGAAAUUUAACAAGCCCUAUAGCGCAACCACGUCGGCGUUUCUACUCGGGAUGCUUAAGAAUAGCCCAGCCGUGUCUUCACCACUUUCUGGGUUGUCAUCAACGCAUGCUGUAGGAUGCCUUCCGAACUAUGGCGGGACUGCAAUUCUCUCACUGGCUCCAGGACCAAGGCAACGCUCAUCGUUCACAUUUGACGCCCCAACCGCCAAGGUUGUACGGUCUGCUUCUGGUCUUUCGGUUCGACAUGAAAAUCGGCCGCCAUCAAGGGCAGGGUCCGCGUCAGUGGGGGGGUAUACUGCCGCCGAAUUUCUAGCCAAAGUUAACCGUCAAAACGAGGAACGCCAGGGCAACGCCGAGCAAGAUUGGAAAACUGCGGCUAAUGGAGUUGGGUCUGUUGCCAACUCGAGCUGGUAAUUCUAAUGUAACUAUGGAGCUGCCUUAUCAAAAUUUCCGGAUUCUGGGUCACCAGUUGCCUUUCGAGUUGUUGGGGAGGGAAGUUAUAUGUUUCCAUACAUACAUAUCCAAGUAUGAAUACGCCUUCGCUGCAAUUCUAAUUGGGGAAUUGUGACGUGGCUUUGAAUAGCAUUCCUACGGUGGAUGUUUCUCUUUUAUCAAGGGCGUUCUGUUCAGGAUUUACUGGCAUAGCAUACAUUACUUGUGGUACGAAGGAGACUCUUGAGGGUUGGGUUUCGGUAUUUUCUUUUCACGCUUAAUAUUUGCUUUUACUUGUGGUGUACUGGAGUCAUUGGGGAGGAAGAAUAUAUAUAUGGUAUGGUAGUGAAUGGGUGAGGGGGUUUAUUCUGAACAGUGGUAUGGUGGAGGAGGAAGUUACCUUGUGCUUUUCGGCAUGAUAAUAAGGGGGUGUAUGGGGGGAUUAUAAUUGCCGGAUUGAAGAGGUCAGCAUUCAUUGUGUAAGAGUAGCAGAGA